ACCGGCUGGAGCGCAGCACGGAAAACGUCAUUCGAGCUCCGACAGGCGCGCCGCUCGGACAACCGCGCAGGGAGAAGAAAACAAUUCUUCUCUUCUGGUUUUAAAGCGUUCGACGGGGGCAGACUAGACAAACUCAAGGCACGCCCAUUAAAAAAAAAAAAUUAUCAUUUUCGAGUCCUCUUUUUAUUUUUUUCGAAAAAGGGGGGGAGUCUCGCGCAAGCAGGCGGCCCCCGCCCGCAAAUAAUAAAUUUAAAAAAAAAAAGCUCUUCGCCGCAGCUGCCGCCGCCGCGGGGGCGAUGUCGGAGCCUCAGAGCGAGGCUGGCGGCGGGGAGGCGGCCGCCCCCGUCAAGCCACCGCCCCCGUCACCGCUGUCCGGCUGCUACCUGCUCAUCGUCGUCGGCGAGCCGCACUCGCCCGAGCACAAGGACAUCAUCCUGCAGAAAAUCGCCAAAGGUUUCCUCUCCUGGGACGUGCAGAGCGCACACGUGUACCUCGAGAAGGAGCUGGAAGCUCUCACCGCGCAGGCGCCGGACGGCGAGGAAGCUAGGAACGGCGAGCGGCUGAUCCAGUACGCGACCGAGAACCUCGUGACCGAGGUGUUGAUCCACCCGCAACUGAACACACUGUCCCAGUGCAUCAGGAACCUGCUGUCCAGCUUCACGAGGCACCGCCACCUCAUACACGCCGGGUACACGUUCGCCAGCAGCGGCUCCUGGAUCCUGCAGGACGGGACCUUCUCGCUGGCGGACUUCGUGGACGCCUUCCAAGAAGCGGAGGUGCAGCGCGUGCUGCGCGCCUACGACAACUGCGUCACCGUGGACGUGCACUGCUCCCCGGAGGGCGACUGGACCACGGAGCGCAUGCUCAAGGAGUCGUUCAGCAAGUCGUGCAAGGUGCGCGUGAACCCCACGGACCGCCUGACGGCCGGCGGACCUGCCAUCGGCAACUUCCUCGGCUACGUGGCGCCCUUCCUGACUCCGGCCAGCGUGGAGCAGCUGCUCGAGCCGUCCGACGUGGUGGGCAACAUCCGCUUCAGCCACCCCACGCUGUACGUGUUCCCCGGCGGCCAGGGGGACGCCGCGCUGUUCGGCAUCAACGGCUUCAACAUGCUGGUCGACGGCGGCUUCAACAGGAAGGCGUGCUUCUGGGACUUCGCGCGCCACCUCGACCGCCUGGACGCCGUGCUCAUGACGAGGCUCAACAACGACAACGUGAACGGCAUCGCGGCGGUGCUGCGCCGCAAGCGCCAGAGCACCGUCUACCCGCAAAUCGGCCACUUCUUCAGCAACCUGCAGGAGCGGCGCCACGCGGCGUCCCCGGACGGCGACAAGGACCGCGACCCGCUGCUGGUGAGCCUUCUGGACGAGGGGCAGGAGGUGGUGGCCAACCUGAGGCAGCUGCAGCUGAGGCCGCACCCGUGCUACCGGGACGGCAACCAGGCCGAGCCCAUCAACCUCUACCACAAGGUUGGUCAUGGCAAGCUGGAUAUGUACGUUGUGAGUCCAGCUCGGGACAGUCGAGAAGUUAAAGAGUUCUUGGCCAAAUGGAACUCUAACGACAUGCGACUUUUCCUUCCUGGGAAAAAAGACAAAGACGGAUUCCAUUUUCCCGUUCAGAAUUUAGUAUCGAUCUGUGCUCUGCUGGUGUGGCAGCCAGCGAAUCCGAGCGACACAAUCACGCGGAUACUCUUCCCAGGUAGUUGUCCGCAGCACAAGAUAUUUGAAGGGUUGGACAAAAUACGGCACCUCGAGUUCCUGAAGCAUGCAGUGUGCUCAACAAAGUCCAUAUCACCGUCCACCUCCGCUGUAGCGAUGACAGCUCGCACCGGAGGCAAACAGAAAUCCACCCCGGCCGUCAUUGACAAAAUCCUGCCUGGAGAAAGCAUGGUCAAGACUCCACCCAAACCAUUAGAUAUUGGCAAGCAGCCAGUAGCUAAGUCUGCAACGAUUCCGGUCUCAGGAGUUCAACAGACAAAGCCUUCCACGCCUAUUUCUACAACUACCACCCCAACCACUGCAAAGGCACCACCACAAGCAAAACCAAAAGUUGAAAAACCAACUUCUAAAACUGAGCCACCCAAAUCAAAGACUGAAACAAAUAAAAUUCUAGAGGGUGAUAAACAUGUAUCCAAAGUAGAUAAACAUGCAGAAAAAAUAGCAGAAAAAAUUACAAAAACUGUAAGUGAAACAAAAUCCAAGGAACACAAGUCUAAGAUCGAUUCUAAAACUUCCACAGCAAAAUCUAGAAUAGAUUCCAAGCCUCCUAGGUCUUUGGAACGUAGAAAAGAAAGGGCUGUAACGGAGAAGAAAGGCGAUGUAAAAUCUUCACCAACAACACCCAAAAGAAGUGUUGAACAUAAAGUAAAUGGUGCUGCAACAAAGACUGAGGUUGCGAAGGUGAGCCGAGCACCAAGUAAGGGCAGGCCAUCUCCAACGUCAACUCCUGCUAAGAGUGCUAAGGAAGCAAACAACAGGAAAGUGGUAGAGUCUAAGUACCAUGUGGCACGUGCAGCAUCAUCUUCUCGUGCACCUGUGACAAAGACCGUUAAAAAAGAACAACAUGAUAAUGUAUCGGUGCCACAAAAACCAGAACGAAAACCAAUGAGCAGAAGACCUAAACCUUCAUCACCAAGUAAGUCUUCCAAGGCACCAGGGUCACCUGCAAAAUCUUCAUCAGCAAAAAGCACACCAACACCAUCUGUAAAGUCUGACAAAGAUGGUGUAAUCCGCAAACCCAAAACAGAAAUCGAGAAAGUUACUACAGAUUCAUCUGCAGUUUCAACACCAUCUACUGCAGAGCCAGAAACUGUUCCUUUUAAAGCAAAAUUAGCCCAUGAUGAAAUCAUUCCUUCCACAAUAAAACAUAUCACUGACCUUACAGCUGCAUCACUUGAAACAUCAUCAUCUGAUGUUAAUGUGGAAACCAAACUUUUGGAGAAUAUUGACACGACCAUUACAACGAAAGAAAAAGAGUUGGAAAAAGGAAGUGUUUUAACAACAAAAGAGGAUGAAACAUUGAAAAAAGAGCUGGAAUUUGAGUCAUUAAAGGCUUCAAAAGAUCUUGAAAUAUUUGCCCAAGAAGAAACAGAGGAAGAUGAAGUAACUGAGGACAAAGAAUCUGAACUAAUUGAAGGACUUGAGGAGAAACAUUUAACGCAAGACACAGAAAUAACAGAAGAAGAAAGAACAGAAGAUAUUGAAGACGAGGAUGAGAUAUUAACAGAACCUGGAAAAACCUUAGAAGAUGAAAUGGAUAUGCAUGGUCAUGAAAUGGCUAAAGAUGUACAGGAGAUUGAAGAUGAGGAAGAUGAGUAUCUUAUUAUUGAAAAAGAAGAAAUUGAACAAAUGAUGGAAGAUUCGCUUCAGGAAGAAGAAAGUACUGAGUCACAUAUCCCUUACCAAAAAGAAGUUGAAGAAGAUGAAAGUGAACUUCAGAAACACCUUAGAGAUGAAGUUGAGUCAGAAAAAGAGAAGAAAUUUGAAGAACAGAAAGAAACUGAAAAAGAAACAGUCACAUAUUCUGAUGGUAAUACAGAAAAAUUUAAGACGGAGAAAUUUAAAGUUACUGAUGAAGGCAAGGAAGAAAUAAAAAUUGCUAAGGUUGAACCUCAGAUUCUACCAGUCGAGGAAAAGCAUGUUCAAGAUGUCUUGGAUGAAAAGAAAGAACCUGAUGAUAUGACAAAAACUGAUGUUACUGAAUCCAUAGCUAUCAAAGCACAUGUGCUGUCUGAAUCAGAAAUAUCUAAAACUGAAAAGAUUACGCCUGAAACAAAAGAAAAGAUCCAAGAAAAAGUUCAAGAAAUAAUUACUUCUGCUGAAGAGAUAGCUACAAAGACAAAAAUCGAAACAGAUAAAUUUGAAGAUGGAGUUCAGGAUAAAGUAAAACUCUUGGAUGAAAGUAUAGAUGAGAAAAAAGAUUCUGAAGAGCUUGAUGACCAGAAAGAAACCUCAUCAAUUAGUCCAGAAGAAAAAGUAGAUCUUUCAUCAGAAAAAUUGCGAGAAAUGACAGAAGAAACAAGAGGUGCAGACCAUAAACUAGACGAUGAUCAUGAUGAAAGUCUGCCACUUAAAGGAACAGUGCUGCGUGAUGCUACAGAUCAAAAAUAUACAGCAGAAGAAAGUCAACCUGAUGAGAAAUUUUCUACGACAGUGGAAUCUGGUGCAACCACAGCACCAACACUUCCUGAAGAUGAGAGAAUACCGUUGGAUGAAAUCAAAGAAAUCGUGGAGGAAAAGUAUGUCAAAGAGGAAACCAAAGAAGAAAAACCAGCUACAGCCCCUGUAGCUAGUCUGGAUCAACCAACAACCAUGCCUCAUGUAGUAGUACCAUCAACUAUUGGAGUUUUUGAAGCUAGGGCACCACAAUCACAAACACAUCAGAGAGACAUUGUAAAGACACCAGAUGAAGUAGCUGACUUGCCAGUACAUGAAGAAGUGGACACUGGAAUGUAUGAAAGUGAAGAUGAUUUUCCUAAGGUAAAAGAUGAUGACAGAGGAAAGAAACAUGUAUUGACAGAAGCCACUGUGCCUGGAAAUCAGGAAAUUAUUGAAAAAGAGUCCAAAAAGAAUUUGCAAGAAACAAUCCCAGAAGCUAAAACUGAAGUUUUCCAGAAAGUAACUUUGAAAAAAGAUAUUACUGGUGAUCAGAAGCUAGAUGGAAGAUUAGAAAAAGAUACCACAGUUGGUGGUGAAAUUCACAUUCAAAAACAAGAUGAAACACAAACAAAACUUGAUGAAGAUGAAAGAGACAAGACCGACCAAGAAAAAAUUGCAUUGUUGGCUGAAACAAAGGAAGUUAAGCUUGAUACCAAAGAAAUAAAAAUUGAAAGGGAUGAUCAAAAAGAAACUAAAGAUAAGAUAAUGAUUUCAGGAUUAACUAUUGGAAAAGAUACAUUAGUAACCAAAGAUGAGGAGGAGUUAAAUAAUUUGGAAAUAGAGAGUAAACAAGAAGUAACUCAAGACUUUGUAAAAGAAGACAAACAAAAAACUGGUCCUCUUGAAGAAGAUCAUACAACAAUUAGAGACUUAAAUAUAUCUGAUAAAGAUCAAGUUUGCCAUGGGAAAGAAUAUGUAGUAACAAGACCAAAGGAAGAUGAAGCAAUUACCAAGUUACAGUCUGAAAGCUUAGAAUCAGCAACAGCCGAUCAUAUUAGCGAAAAAGAAACAACAUUGGAAAAGAAAGUAGUAACUCCAGAAUGUACAAAACAUGACAUUACUUCUGAAGUGGCUUUUAAGGAUGAUGAAGUUAGUAAGUAUGAUAAAAAGCCAUCUGAAUCAAGUGGUAGAGAAUUUUCAAGUGAUGUAAAACCUCUGCUUGGUAAAGAUGAAGAAGGAGCAAUGCAAGACAAAGCAGAGUGUAGCACAUUAGAGACUCAGUCACUCGGUGCUGUUAAAAGUAUCACUCUCCAUGACCCGGCCAAGGAUGAGUUUAUACCAGCAGACAAAGAUAAAAUAGAAAAAUAUGAUAAACAAGUUGAUAACAAGAUUUUGGAAGAUAUGUUGCAAGCACAAGAAAAUUUAAAAGAACAAAGUGUUCUAAAAGAUGUUAGCCAACUCCAUGAAGAAUCACAAGCUGAACCGUCGAUUCAGAAAGAAAAAAUGUUCAGUCAUGCAGAAGAGAUGGAGACACUAGUGAGUGAUGCUCUCCAAAGUCAGGUGGAGACAGAAGGAACUAAGAUCCUUAAAGAUACUACAGAAAAAGAAAGCCAUGUUGACAAACUAGAUAGCUUUGAAAUACAUAAGACUAUUGAACAUGAAGCUGAAGAACCGACCACUACUGAAAAAAGAGAUAUUCUUCAAACAGAAACAAAAGAACAAGACAGCACAAUAGUUCAAAGUGUUGUAUUGAAAGAUCUACAAACUGAAGAUUCAAUUAAACAAAUUACUGGUCAUUUCAUAGACACUGAAAGAAAUGUGCCUGAUACAAGUAUCAUCAAACAACCAGGCUCCUCUUUUGCCACUGAAGCUUCAACUACGAAACUAGCAGACUCUGAAAAAAUGGAAACUUUUGAAGAUAGACUACAGAGAGAUAAGCCAAUCAUUCCAGACACAGAUUCUGAGGCAAAAGACAAAGACACAGAUUCUGAGGCAAAAGACAAACUAACUGAAAAUGUUCUACAUUAUGAUUCCAAAGUAGACAAGAUUUCACUAGAUACUGAAAAAGGUCCACAAGAAGAAAAACUUUUGUCGCAAGACAAAAUUAAACAGGAUGUGGAUAAAACUGAUACUCAUGAGUCUUACAAAACAGGAAUUGUAUCAGAAGAUAAAGAAAGCAAAGUACAUUCCGAAGAAAAAGUUGAAUUAACAAAAGAUAAGACUGAAGCAAAAAAGACUGAAAUAGAAACUGCUCAAAUGAUUGAAGAGCAAAAGACUGAUAGUAUAGAAACUCCAAAGGAUGAUAAAUUGAGCAUAGCUGAAGUGCAUAAGGAAUAUGAUGCUAUGAAACAUGAAAAAUUUGAGGAUUUGGAUAAACUGAAAAGCAAGACGGAAGAGAUCACACAACAGCAGCUUACAGACUAUGAGGGCAAACUUCCUACAGCUACAGAAAAAUUACAGGAUGUGUUGAAAGAGACAACUCUUCAAAAAGAUGACAUUAUUGACACAAAAUAUGAAAAAACAGUAUCCUUACAUGAAAAGCAUUUAACCGAAGAAUUAGAAACAAAGGAACCAGAAAAAAAGUUGGUUCCAGACAUUGGUUCUGCAGAAAAGCCAGUCAAAACAUUACCAACUGAAGUUGAUGGUGCAGCCAUUGGGGAAAUUUCUGCAACAUACCUUGAAAUUAUAGACAAAUUACAGCAAAAGCUACCUUCUAAAGAUGAUGCAAUAGACGUUUCAAAGGAUAUUGCGAAUAAGAAGUUUGCAGAAUCAUCUACUGACAAGUUGAUGGACCAGAAAACUGCACAUACUCCUGACAUCUCAGAUUUAAAGAUCAAGGAAGAUGAAAGUGUUCAAGAAGAUAUACAAAUAUGUGACAAAAAACAAUUACCUUGCACUGCUGGGAGAGAAAAAGAAAUACUGGCUGAUGGUGUUCAGUCACUGGAACAAGAGCCCACCAAACAAAUACCUAAAGUGGAUACAAACUUGGAAAAAGCAGCAGACCUCUCUAUCCCACACCCCAUCAGGUCUGAUGAAAUAAUAACCAAAAAAUUACCAACUGGGAAAAUAGUAUCAGGAAAAUCAUCAGAUUCAGAUGAUGAUGACCAAGAAAUUAUAAAGGCUGAUAUUAAAAAAGUCAACAGUGAUCAAAAAGAUACUGUGGAAUCCAAAGAUGAAAUAGCGUCAGUAACAAAGGAUGUUGAUGAUGAUCUUGGGCGAGAUUACGAGGGUGAUGUGGAGGAAGAUGAAGAGGAUGAUGACUAUGUUGGAAGUGAAUAUGUAGAUUCUGGUCUAGAAGAAGAACCAGUUUACAGUAAACUAGCUGCUGCAGCUGUGCCAGAGUAUGUGACAGUAACUCCUGACUCUGCUCCACCAUCUCCUGGUGAUCUUAGAAUACAUGAAAGAACCAGAGAUGUGCUAAUUACUGAAAAAUAUGAAACACCAUCUCAUAUAAUUACAGAUGGCACUAAAGUUUCUUUAAGUGAACAGGCAUCUUCUGAAAAACAAUAUAAUGAUUUCAAAGAUGAUGUGCCUCCAUUAGUUUCUGAAGAUAAACUUGAAAAAAUUGUUGGAGAUAAGCUUCAGUCAUCUGCAAAUUACACAGAAAAAGCCAUCAAAGAUACUGAAUUUUCAGUUCUUUCUUCUACUCAAGAUCAAAUUGUUUCAGGAACAUCAACUCCACUAUCAUCAGAUUCUGGUCAGCUUCUUGCAGAUACCAAAUCCGAGUCUGGAAUAUCAACUCCCCAUUCAAUGGAUUCAAAUAAAACACACGAAAUGAAAGGCGAAUCAGAUUCUUAUAAACAUGACUAUGAAAAAGCUCCAUCUCCAGCUCCUAUGGUUAAGCAGAUAUUGGAUGAUUAUCAGAAAGAUGAAGAUGAAUCACUUCCCUCUAUUUCUGUUUCUCCAGAAACUACAAAAGUAAUGGAAGAAUGUAAAUUAAAAAAAGAAAAAGUGGCAUCGCAGCCAACAGAAACAAAGCAGAUUGAUGAUCAAAUAAAGUUUUUGGAACAUGAAAUUGGUGAAGCUAGUAUUUUAGAUGAUGAAAGGGAUUCUGAUGGCAUUCCACAGGAUGUGAAUCAAAAAUUUAUAGUAUCUGAGAGAGAAAUUUCUGCCAAAGCCUUGAAGGAAACAGACACAACAAUUUAUGACAUAAGUUUUCAUCCUGUAACUUCUUCAAAGACAGCAACUGAAAUACAAAUAACAACUCCAGUUAAAGAUGAAAGCAAAGAAACAGAGCUCACCAAGCUUGGUGAGUUCAAAGUUGACCAACUUGAAGCACUUGUAAAAUCUAGCACAUCAGAUGAAAGUGUUACAGAACGUACAGUAAGUUCAAAAGAUAAAUUAACUGAAAGCUCAACUUCCAAAGAAGAUACUCUUCAUUCAUCCCCAGAAGAAAAAAUCUCUAGUGGUAACAUAGUAGUAGAACCUGAUAGUCAUGGCAGAAAACCUUCAGAUAUUUCUGAAAGUGAAGUUUCAUAUGUAACAUCUGUUACAUCAGGAACACAGGAAACCGAAAUUAAAAGUAAAGAUAAAUAUGGAGAUGUUUUGCCUACAGACACUGUAGAUAACACAACUGUUUCACAACAAAGUCAGCAAGACAUUUCCAGCAGUAGUACUGUUAGAAGAAUGGUAGUGACUGCAACUAGUGAAGAUGGAGGAGCAGAAACUGAAGUUUGUUCCACUGAGAGUUUAACAGGUAAAUCAGCACAAUAUUCAGACAAAGAUGAAAGUCCUCAAGAGCCAAAUGAAGAUUCUGUCAAAGUUGAACUUGAUUCUGGACUCCAGAAAACAGUAGCAAAGGUUAUUGAAACCAGUGAAACAAAUGGACAUAUAAACUUGAGUGAUAAAGAAGAUUUUGAGAGCUAUCCAGAUGAAGAACACACUGGAGAGGGCAAGAAAACUAUUACAACAAAAACAAUAACAACAAAAAUAAUUUCCCACUCAGAUAUAGGAUCGGCAAUGCUUGAAAAGGAACAUGAUCUUGAAAGUCUUAAAGAUAAUGAUGAUAAUACCAUCACCAAAGUGACUAAACCCACAGAUGUCAUCAUUUCCAAAGUAGCAAGUGAUGUGGAAGACAGUCUCAUGCAAAAGGACGAAAAAUUUUCAAUGCACAAAUCACUAAAAGAACCAGACUCUCCACAAAUCAUACAGAGUAUGAAAGAAUUUGAAUCCCUUUCACAAAAAGAUGGAGAGGAUCAUAAAGCUGUUUCUUAUGACAGCCAAGAAAGUGUAUCCCAUGAAAUUCUUCCUGGGUCCCCCAAAAUUACUACCAAAACCACAACUACUACCACUGUUAUUAAGAAGAUACUUGGAGAUGACAGCACUUUAACUGAUGAGCCAUCUAGUCAUUAUGGAAGCCAAGAAUCUGUAGCCUAUGAAGCUGUUCCAGGAUCUCCAAAAAUUACAACAAAAACCACAACUACAACGACUGUUAUUAAGAGGUCUCUUGGUGAUGAUGCCAUGUCUGUAGAUAAGCCACCUAGUCACUAUGGAAGCCAGGAAUCUAUAUCCCAUGAUGAUGCUUCUGGGUCCCCCCAAAUUACAAGAAAAACCACUACUACUGUCCUUAAAAAGUCACUUGGAGAUGAAAUUAGUGCAGAUGAAUCCUCUAGUCACCAUGGAAGCCAAGAAUAUGUAUCCUAUGAAAUUAUUCCUGGGUCUCCCAAAACUACAACAAAAAUAACUACUACUACCACUGUUCUUAAAAAGUCACUUGGAGAUGACAUUCUCGCAGACGAAUCUUCUAGUCACUAUGGAAGCCAAGAAUCUGUAUCCCAUGAAAUUACUCCUGGGUCUCCCAAAACUACUACAAAAACAACUACUACUACCACUAUUCUUAAAAAGUCACUUGGAGAUGACAUUCUCGCAGGCGAAUCUUCUAGUCACUAUGGAAGCCUAGAAUCUGUAUCCCCUGAAAUUACUCCUGGGUCUCCCAAAACUUCUACAAAAACAAUUACUACUACCACUGUUCUUAAAAAGUCACUUGGAGAUGACAUUCUUGCAGAUGAAUCUUCUAAUCACUAUGGAAGCCACGAAUCUGUAUCCCAUGAAAUUACUCCUGGGUCUCCCAAAACUACUACAAAAACAAUUACUACUACCACUGUUCUUAAAAAGUCACUUGGAGAUGACAUUCUUGCAGAUGAAUCUUCUAGUCACUAUGGAAGCCAAGAAUCUGUAUCCCAUGAAAUUACUCCUGGGUCUCCCAAAACUACUACAAAAACUACUACUACCACUCUUCUUAAAAAGUCACUUGAAGAUGACAUUCUCGCAGAUGAAUCUUCUAGUCACUAUGGAAGCCAAGAAUCUGUAUCCCAUGGUAUUAUUCCUGGGUCUCCCAAAACUACUACAAAAACCACUACUACUACUACCACUGUUCUUAAAAAGCCAGUCGAAGACGACAUAGGCCAAGCAGAUGAACCAUCUAGCAAGACUGUUACCACAACUGUAACAACAGUCACAAAAAAAAUUGUAGGUGAUGAGGAAGAAACUACAACCACAACUAAAGAAAUUGAUUCAGAUGGGGAGAGAACAAUCACCAAAACAGUUGAGAAAGAUGGGAAAGUGACUGAACACUUCUCUACUGUCAAAAAAGUUGGUGAUGAUGACAGUGGAUUUGACAUUUACGAUCCUUCUCACGUAAGUUCAUUAAAAACCACUGAUAAAAGUAUAGAGUCUGCUGAUCCUAUAUCAGCGAUUACUGGUAAAGUAGAGAAAUACUCAGAAAAAGUUGUUGAUUUGGCACCAGCACAAUCGUCUCUUGAUGAUAAAUUAACAAAAGAAUGUGAAGAGAAAACAAUUGUAACUGAGAGUGAUGGAGUUAGGAGUACUACUGUGAUAACUAUGACAAAGUCUCUGGCAAAAGAACUUGGUGAUGUAGAGUUUCCAACAAUUUUAAACAGUGGUGUGUCAAUCAUCAAGAGAGAAGCAACUGAAACAGUUCGCAGUGGAACUCCAGGGUCUGAUACUUUUAGUGACAGAGAUAUUGAAUACUGUGGUCCAUCAACACCGCACAGUGACAUCAGCAGCGGGCAGGUUUCUCGUGCUCCCACCCAUAUUUGGGGUGAAAGUAGUGAGGGCCAUCCAGAUAGUGAGGAUGAUGAAGACCAACCCGGUUCACCCUUAAGUACAUCAUCUCAGUUGGGACAUUCUCCACCUCCACAUUUUGAAGAUGUUAUGAGUGACAAACAUCAAAGCUCUCCCAUGGUUAUGACAGGUUCCUUCUAUGGAACUUUGCCAGAUGAUCCUCUACAACAGUUGUCACAAGAAAAGUCAUUAAAGAAGGUUUCAGAUCCUAUCCCAAUAUCUGUAGUAGCAUCUGGAAAGACCGGGGAUAUAACAAUGAAAACAGAACUAGCAUCUAGCUUUAAACAUUAUUCUCCUCAAGACAAAGCCUUAUCAGAUGAUUUUGAUUUUGAAAAAGCUUUACAUGAGCAUCGGAUUGCUAGAGGCGAAGACUUUGCACCAAAAACAUCUACAGUCACAUACGGUUUUGAAAGUAAGUCUUCACCAAGUCAUACAUCUAAAGUAGAGAAACAUCAGUCAUCUGAUGUCAAUGGCCAAAAACACAAUGGUGAUGAUAAUGAUAGUGACGGUUCUCAUGAAAAAUACAAUGGUAAGCCAAGCGUAGAGUCUACUUCUAUUACAACUUACCAUAUCAGUACCGAGCCUUCAUCAUCUGUGAAGAAAGUCACUACAACUUCAACAACUGUAACUAGUAGUGGAGAACAUGAUCCAAUGUUCCGCCAUCAAAUUGGUUCUUCAGUAUCAUCAUCAUCAUCCACUUUCCCUGAGCCUCCACAAGGAUUUGGCUUACCUCCAUCAUCUAAACCCGGUGAUAUUAAGGAUCCAAUCGAAGGAUGGGGUAAACCAUUAGGUCUACCGGCACCAAUACCACCUCCAACAAAUGACACUGAAACAUCGACUGAAAUUGUUGCAACCUCACCUUCAAACAAAGGCACACCAAAAAAAGAGAAAAAGUCAUUGCAGACAAAAAAGACAAUGUUAAUGAAUGAGAACAACAAAAUAAAAGAUGGGUCCAACAAGAAGCGUCCAGAGUCACCAAUCAAACAAGGAGACAGAAAAGGCUCAUCAACUAACAAAGACACAAGUUUGCGCAGUGCUAAGGCAGCAGGAAGUCCAAUAUAUGUAGAUCUUACAUAUGUGCCACAUCAUGGUAAUUCAUAUUACUCUUCUGUGGAGUUUUUCAAAAAGGUCCGAGCAAGGUACUACGUUUUCAGCGGAACAGAUCCCAGCAGAGAUGUCUACAAUGCCCUUCUAGAAGCCAAGCAGACAUGGGAUGAUAAAGAAUUAGAGGUGACUAUCAUUCCCACGUACGACACGGACACUCUUGGCUACUGGGUGGCCGAGAAUGAAGAUCUGCUGACGAAAUGCAAGAUUGAUCUCUCUCCUUCGGCCAGUCGCUGCACGAUCAAUCUCCAAGACCACGAAACAAGUUGUUCUGCAUAUCGCUUGGAGUUUUAAAAAGCUCCUGGAGGCUUACGUCUUAUUUAUUCUGUAUUACUAGUUUGUGCAAAUCGAUGUGUACAACAAAUAAGAUAACUGCACCGAAUAUUGUCUUUGCCAAACUACAAAUAAUUUAUUUAAUUAUUGUAAAAUAUACAAUGACAUAAAUGACUGAAACUAGACUCAAAGACAACAAAAUUACAGCCAUGUUUAGCUUUAUCUUAUAGCAUUAUCUUAAUUUAGAUUAAAUCUAUUACAGAGUUUUAGAUCUACUAAUUAUAAACUAUUAUUUAAAACUAAAAAAGGCUAUUAAUAAAUAAAUAACAAACUAUGGUCAAGAAUUUAAAAAAAAAAUGUGAUAUUGAUACUUUUCGAAGGAAAAAUACCAAACUUAAGUCUGGCCUAGUGAACAUACCUAUUCUUUUACAAAGGUAAGAGUACACUGUUAGAAAGGAAGAAGUAACUUUGAAUGGAUGAGUUCUGAAACACUGAUAACUAAUAUUUCUUGAACUUUUUCAAAUCAUAUGUAGACUGUAUACCAAAGAUUUAUAUAAAUUUAAAAGUAAAAAAGAUAUUGAAUAUUUAAUUUGUUUAUACAUGCAAAGCUUGUACAUAUACACAUUUUCUCUAGCUAUAAAGAAGUUUGUAAAAUCAGAUAACGAGCAAAAGAGUAAUUUAAUUUUAAUGCAAGAAGUUAUAUUAACUUUACUGUACCAAAAAAUAAAUUUAGCUACUAUUCGUGAAUAAAAUUAGUACAUUUAUUUCAUAUUUCAUAUUUGAAUUCUAAUGUGAUAGCUGCCAAAUAUGAGUGACGGAUGGAAUUUUUGAGAAAAUGUGCUCAGAACUUUCUUCACGUGUUGUCACGACCUGCCAAUCUGCUUCCAUGAGCUAUGCAAAUAUUGUUAUUGCAAGCAUAAGCUAAAUACAAUAUUGUUAAAAAAUAAUAAUAAUAAAGCCCAUUUUCAGUACUGACCAUGAUAUUGAACUCCUGCCAGAGAUUAUGCCAUAUCACAAUGAAUGUGAAACAUUUCACAUUUCCAUCAUCGGUGCAGAAAAAUAUGUGUCUGUUAACAGAAAUAAUUUUUACCCCAGUAACUGAAGGGCAGAGUUUGGUACCAAAACUUUGUGUUCCGCUGAGUGUUAAUAGAUCUUUAAUACUUAAAUGUGAAAACGGUCAGCUUAAUUUUAUGUAUUCUUUACUAUUAACCAAGUGUGAUAAUUAUUAUAGCCCCUCAGAAUAACAGUAUACAGUAUAAUAUUUUAUGCAAAAAAAAAAAGUAUUUAUCAUUAAUUUGAAUUUAUAUACUGCGUAGUUUAUUUGCGAAGAAAAAGUGCUGCUACAGUAAAAUAUGUGUCCCGUUACAUAAGCUGAUGAACCCAAAAAAAAUUAUAAUAGUUUAUUUUUCUGCUAAGAGCAGUGUUAUGGUUAUGACCCUGCUUAUAGCAAAAGGAAAAAAAAAAACUGUAUGAACUAUUUUAGAAUAAUUCAUAAUUGAUCGCACUCUUUUAUGUGUCAGUAUAACUGUAGAAGACGAGCAAGUCAAGUUAUAAAAAUACAUUGCCCCUAUGAAUAUCUUACCAGGAAAGCAUUCAGUUUGAAUAAGUGUGUGUAUAAUAUAUUAUUAUAGUUAAAAUGCAAACAAAAGUGUACUACAUAACAUUUAAAAACUAUUAUAACGUUUAAUUGUGAAUGGCUGUUCAUUAUCAUGUAUACCUCUGUAUCCUUCUGUCAUAACAUGUACUUAAAAAAAAAAAAAAUUCCUUUGUGACCAUUUUCAUGUUUUAAUUUGUCUGUAUCUACUUUUCAGACACUGUUCUAUUGGACCUAAACAAAAUUAAAUAUUUUUAGUUACACAGAUUCUUAGCCAGUAUUUCCUGUUUUGUCCCAAAACCAUUAUCUCAAAUGAAAUUAUAAAAAAAAAUAAAAAAUAUUGGGGUGUAACAGAGGAUUUGAAUUUAAUAUUUUAUGUAAAUUGUGUACUUUUGUUAAGAUUUUCAUUAAUGUGACUCAUUAUUACACGUAUCAUAUGUAUUUCUUUGAAUUUUUUUUUACAAGUAAGCUGUAAUAUGAUUCCUGUUUUCAAUAUUCAGAUCCUUUCAUUUUCAAAUGAUAUUUUCUUCAGGCAGGUGGUCAUUGAAGGUAAUUAGCCUAACUUGAUCAGUAUUGAGUGGGUGAGGUGAUGUCUAUAGUUGCACGAAACGUGAACACCUUAAUGCGAUGGAUGAGCAGUUUUAAAAAUGUUUGCUGACGAGGAGGAUUUUUCGACAAGUAAUACAAUUGUCAUCACUUCAAUAGUGAAAACUACAUUUCUUAGCUGUUAAUGUAAGAACAGAUAUCAUAAAAAUGAUUUGAUGUAAAUUUUCGCACUUUUUUUUUCAAUAGUUUUGUAAGCAUUAAAGAAAUCUCACCACAAUAGCAACAAACCUAAUCAGAUGCUGUAGGAGUUGUAUGUAAUAUUAUGUAGCUUAGCUAUAAAAUAACUAUGUUCCUAUUUGGACUGUUUUUUUUUUAGUGACAAACAUUCUAUUUAGAAAAAUUAUACAAUUUGGCAUGACAUAUCAAACUUUAAUGGUUUCAGUUCCCAGGUAAUAUCGCGAAAAGGAAAAUUACUCAAAAAUUCAUUUCACAAAAUAAUUUUCAGUAGGGUUUCAACCCUGUUAUGAUUUAUCUAAAGUGUGAGCAAUUAUUACUUUGUUAAUCAGACAUGGACUCGGAUGUGAGAGUAUCUAUGAAAGUGAGUUAUUACAUAAGUAUAUAAUAAUUGUCUUCAGAGGAACUGUAAAACCAUUCAAACAAUGGUUAGCUAAGGCUAUUUUAUACAGUCACAAAACACUAAAAUUUGACUUUUGUACUUAGUGUUAAGUGUAUGUUGAAUGAACUGAGCUAUUUUAAUAAUUACCUUAAUUUUAUCAUAUAUAAUUUUAAGUAAAUACUUGGUAAUUUUGGUAAUUAGCAUUUUUACAUCACACGAGUGUUUUGUUUAUUAUUUAUUAUGACUUACCUUGCGUUUUGCUGUAUUGUCUGAUGUAGUAUUUUUAUAAGGGUUUUUGUUCUCUAAACUCAUUAUUACAUGAAAGAAUUUUUAUAAGCUUUGUACGUAUUCAUUUUAAGGUAUGGUUGGAAAUAGUCUGAAUGUAAAAAAAUAUGAAUCAUGUUUUAAAACAAUAAUGUAAAGUAUCGUAAUUUACUAUUCUUACUAGGCAGUGGCAUAAUUUAUGGUAAAAUGUUAUUAUUAUUAUUGCAAUGAAUUUAAAAAUAGGUAGCUUAUAUCUGUAAUAUUUAUCAGGAUAAACCGAGCUUUGUUGUAGAGGAUUUAGAAAAUAUGUAUUGUAAUACUGCAAGCUGAUGAAGCUGAAGUUGAGAUUGUAAUGGUGCUAAGAUUACCCAAUAAUGCCUUGUUGAAAAUGACUUAUGAGGUAGGCCUUCUCUAGAGUGUAUUUUGAAAAAUCUGGUUAUGGCUUACGUAUCUUGUAUGUUAAUUAUAUUUUACAGUUUAUGAAAGUUUAGUUUACUUUUUAAAAAAAAAAUUAUAAUUUUUGAGAUUUUACAGUUUCUGUGGAGGGGGGGUGGGGACUAAAUCACUUCAUAUUACAGCAAGCUUUGUUCAUUACAAUCAAAAUGAAUAGCUGAUUGACAGUUACUCGAUAAAUGCGUAAUUGCUAGGAAAUACAUCGUCACUCAAGGUCUACCCCAUACUGAAUAGUGAAGUUGACCGGUUCUCUGACGGGUGUGUGUGUGUUACGGAGGUAACAAGGAGUUGAAUCACGGCUUCCUUAAGACAAUACGGUCCAUCCUCUGACCUCGAUGCUGUUCUCGCCUACAAACACUCGGCUGUAGACCGCUAAGUUUAUUUAAAUCCAUUGAUGGAAAAUUAUUUACAGCGAAAGAGAAAAAAAAAUGUAAAUUUGCACGCCUGCACAAAUCUAUGAAUUUACCUCCAAUUAGAAUUUAAGAGUAAGACUUCCAUCACAGGAUGUAUUUAUAACAAUUAAACCAUUCUACCAAAAGCACGGUUUUUACUCAUUUUUUCCCCUAUGUUGAUACUAUAAUUAUUUACUAUUGAGUCCUUUAUAUGAGUUUUUUAUAAAUAAAAUCACAAAUAGUAAUUAUAGUGAAAUAAUAAAUAAUGUUUUUUAAGUAUGUAGCUUACUUUUUCACAUGUACUCUUUACACAUGUGUGAAUACAAUAAAAGUACAGAUCAAAAAGUGAACAAAAUCUAGGUCAGAGAAAUGACUGUGUAUUGUUUGAAAGACAGGCUUCCUUCAUUUACCUUUAUUUUGGACAAAUAUUUAUGUCCUUCGAUUUUUCUUCUGGCCCUAUUUCGAAACAUAUUUUAAUAUAUAUAUUAUUGCACCUCACUUGUGAUUUGAGAAUUGUUUUGGGGAAAAAUUCUUAAUCUUGUGAUUACAUUUUUAUAUUAGUAUCCAAGUUAAUUAAAACUAAAAAAAAAUCAAUAUUAUUUUGUGAAGAAAAAUAAUUUUUUACUAGCUUACACAAUAGAGCUUCUAGUCAUUCAGAAUGUUACUCUGUGCUUUGUUAAUGGUCCCCAGCUGUGUAUGUAUGUGUGUAUGUAUGUGUGGGUUAUGUAUGAGAACAAAUGGAAAUUCAAUAAAGAAUUUAAAAAAAGGGUAAAGUGUGAACAUGUCAUUUUAUGCAAUGAAAAAAAAAUUAA